CAAGGGCGACGCGCUUUGGAUUUGCCCCUCUGCGUCGCCUCGUGCCACAAACGAGAUGCCAUGGCAGACUCCAGAGGCAGCGCUACCGAGCGCCAUCACGGGCACUGCCGAGGAGGGCCUGCAGAGCCUGGGCUUCAACAUCGGCAGCUUGCCCAAGGAACGCCCCGUGGGGCAGGUGAUUGUGAGGUCGGUGACGCCAGGCGGCUGGGCCGCAGGCCUGGGCGUGCAGGAGCGGGACCGCAUGGCUUUUAUCGGCGGCGAGCGGCCAGAUGGCAUGGCGCCCAAGGGUGUGAUCGCCGCCCUGAAGGUCCGGCCCUUGGAGAUCAUCUUCCACCGCCACGCGCGGCACCUUCAGGCGCACCCGACGGGAGACUGCCAGAGCACCCUCUCGAGGAUUCUUUCUCAUUCGACCCUCACUCUGCGAAACGACCGGCACCCUCUGCCGCACCCGGCCGCUGGAGAUUGCCACAGCCCCGGAGCCCAGCGGCCCCAGGCGGCGCCAGAGACGACCGGGUCCGCGGCGGCUGCCCGACGAAGCAGCGCCGACGAGGCGCACGAGGAGGAGGAGGAGGAGGAGGAGGAGGAGGAGGAGGAGGAGGAGCGCACCAGCCGCAGUCAGCUUGGGGUCUCGCCCGCGCUUGCCGAGGUCAGGGGCGCCCAAGAGAGGGGCGAGGACGCCCGGUCGCCCAUCCCGGGACGCUGGGAGGCCUCACCGCCGACGCCCGCAGAGGCCCGGCCGCCGGGCCCAGGGCGCGGGCGCUCUGCGUCCCCGGUGCUCGCGCCCGGGCUUCCGGCCACCGCGGACGACUCGACGCAGCAGCUGCGGGCCAGCUUCUACCUGAAGGUAGCCGAGCUGGAGGCCCUGCAAGCUUCCCUGAGGCUGGCCAUGGAGGACUGCGACAAGAGCCGGCUGAUGCUGAAGGAGGCGGACGAGGCGAAGCGGAGGAGGCGGAGGAAGCGGAGGGAGCGCGAGUGGGCCAUUUGGCGUGCUGCGGAUUCCUGCCCGACCGCGGACUACGGCGCGGUGAGCCGCCAGCUUCUGGAGGAGGUGGAGGCCUGGAAGAGGCAGGCGCUUGCCGAGCUGGAGCCCGCGCGGCACUCCCCGAGGCCAGCCGCCGGGGAGUGCGGGCAGGGCUGGCGGCCGCUGGAGGGGUCGGAGCUCUGGAAGCGACGGCAAGUUCCCGCGCAGGAGCCUGCGUGGGGCUCCCAGCAUCGGGCCGCCGAGCUGCACGGGCACCGCCAGCCUCGGCCUGGCCUCUCCGAGCAGAUGGCCGAGCUGGGGGCUGUGCAGGAGGAGGCGGGGCAGCCGAGGCAGCUGGUGGCCGAGCUGCAGGCCAAGCUCUCCGAAGCAGAGCGGCAUCGGCAGGCGGCUGAGGACGAGGCGUCCUGGCUGAGGGAAUGCGUCGGCAUGGCGGCGCAGGAGCUGCAGCAGCUGAGGCAGCGCUCGGCGGCCCAGGCAGAGGAGCACGCGAACUCGUCGAAGACGGCAAGGCGCACGACGCUGGAGUUGCAAGAGGAGGUGCGGGCAGCCAGGGACGAGGCGUCCUCGCUGAAGGAAUGCGCGGGCAUGGCGGCGCAGGAGAUGCAGCAGCUGAGGCCACGUCUGGCGGCCCAGGAGGAGGAGCACGCGAGUGCCACGGAGGCAAGGCGCCCGACGCUGGAGUUGCAAGAUGAACUGCGUGCGGCCCAGGACGAGGCGUCCUCGCUGAGCCAGCGCCUUGCGGCCCAGGCAGAGGAGCACGCGAGUUCCUUGGAGACGGAACGGCGGACGAUGCUGGAGCUGCAGGAGGAGUCGCGGGCGGCCAAGGACGAGGCGUCCACGCUGAGGGAGUGCGCGGCCAUGGCGGCCCAGGAGAUUCAGCAGUGGAGGGCGCAGGUCGGAGGCCGUGCGCAGUCGCUGCAGGCGGCGGAGGAGCUCAUGCAGAGGUGUGCAGAGGAGGCGCGCGGCCAGGUGCGGGCGGACGGCGGUGGUGGCAGCACGGAUGCCGGCAGCAGGGCUCCGGCCUGGCAGAUGCAGGAGUGGCUCGCCUCGAUCGGCCUGCUGGCCCCGAUCGCCGACAGGAUCCUGAGGCCGAUCCAGCCGGAUCCCGACUUCCUUCGGCUGCAGCUGCCCUACCUCCGGGCCCUGGGCCAAGAGCCACGGCUGCGCGAGGCGAUACUCGCUGUCGUCCAGCAGGCACAUGGGGAGCUCGCAUCACAGAUUGCCAGCAGUGCUGAGCAGCUGGGCAGUGCGGAUUUGGUGUCGCUGGUCGUCGAGCAGGGCUCGCAGAAGCGAAAAAAGCGGACUCAGGAGUUACACUCGGCCGCCGAGGGAGGUAGCGCAGAGGCGGUGCGGUCGCUGGUGGAGCGGGCCCCCGACCGGGCAGCCGCGCUGGCGGCCAAGGACAAAUACGGGUACACUCCCCUGCACAAGGCCUGCAAGAGUGGGAGCGUGGAGGUGGUCAAGGCGCUGGCGGAGCUGUCGCCUGACAAGGCCAGUGUGUUCGCCGUGACGCAGAACGACGGGUCCACUCCCCUGCACACGGCCGCUUACAACGGGCACGCGGAUGUGAUCCGGCUGCUGGUCAGCCUGGCGCCCGACGCGGCCGCCUCGCUCGCGGCGAAAGACAACAACGGGUGGACCCUCCUGCACGAUGCCGCCUACAGCGGCCACCCGGAGGCCAUCAAGCUGCUGGUCGA